GAAUAUACCAAAACCCAUGCUUUGUACUUUACACAGGAGCAUUACAUGGAUUUUAAUUCAUAAUCUCAUAUAGCUUCAUAAUUAAUGUUGUGUUUGUCUUUAUAUCAUAACUGCUGCCUGUUCCUCACUCUUUGGUUUCAUUGCUUGCCAUUACAAAAAAAUCUGACAGGUCUUUAUUGGAAUAUCAUGUCCCGUAUAUGUACUUAUCCUAUGAAAACUGAUAUUCUACGUUUCCUAGUGAAGUUAUGUAAUUACAGGAAACUAGUCGACACAGAGGAAGAAAGGAAAUCACUUAAUAUCAGAUUUUGAAUUAUUACAGUUAAAAAGAGUUAAAGACAGGAUUUCCCUACAAGGAAGUUAAUCAAAUUAUGAUUUAUUUGAACAUUCACAAGUGACUGCUAUCUAAACAAAUUUUCCAUACUUUUGUACGCAUAUUUUGGCUAUUUACAGAUCUUUGAUUUGGUAAAUUUGAUGAUUUUGGCUCCUUUGUUAGCUUUGGAUGGAGAGCUAGCUUUUGAAAAACCUGAAAUUCAUCCAUUUUUAAAUUUUCUUUUACUUAUAUGGAAGGAUAUUUCAUUCCUUAAUUGGCCAUAAAUUCCCCUUAAGGACAUAUACUUAUUUCUUGUCUGUAGCUCUUAAGAUGAGUUGGUAUCUUAACAUAGAAUAUCUGGAAUACUUAAUACCAGUCCUAAACCCAUAUAAAAUAACAUCAACCAACCUGCCAUUUUAUGUAUAGAAAAUAAUGGCCAAUUACAGGUUCCUGCUGUUUCUUGACAUUUUCCUCAUCCUAAUGGUUGGCAUGAGCCUAUCAAUCAUAGCAACCAACAAUGAUAGAAAGGCCUACAUUGUUUAUAUGGGAUCGCUUCCUGUGGGGGAAUAUUUACCCACUUCUAACCAUCGUAGUAUACUUCAACAAGUUAUCAAGGACAGUUCCACGGCGGAUACCUUGAUCAGAAGUUACAAAAGGAGUUUCAAUGGAUUUGUUGCCAAGCUCACUGAUGAGGAGGUAAAAAAGCUGGCCAGCAUGAAAGAAGUACUGUCCAUUUUUCCUAACCAAAUUCUCCACCUUCAUACAACAAGAUCUUGGGAUUUCAUGGGUUUUAAUAAUACUGCUAGACGCAAUCCAACCAUGGAGAGCAAUGUCAUUAUUGGUGUAAUUGACACCGGAAUCUGGCCUGAGUCACCAAGCUUUAGUGAUGAAGGUUUUGGUCCUGCUCCUAAAAAAUGGAAGGGUGCUUGCAGAGGUGGCAAAAAUUUCACUUGUAACAACAAGAUUAUUGGUGCUCGAUUUUACCAGUCAUCAACAUCUUCAGGAGGGUCUGCAAGAGAUGAGGUGGGUCAUGGAAGCCAUACUGCAUCUACAGCAGCAGGGAAUGAGGUAAAGGAUGUUAGUUUCUUUGGACUUGCCCAAGGUACUACAAGAGGAGGGGUUCCCUCUGCAAGGAUUGCGGCAUAUAAAGUUUGUGGUCCGGAUCGCACGUGUGCUUCAGCGGAUAUCUUGGCAGGUUUUGAUGAUGCUAUUGCUGAUGGAGUUGAUAUUUUAACAGUGUCACUUGGAGGAAGUGGAUCAGUUGUUUUUUUUAAUGAUGUCAUAGCCAUUGGUUCUUUUCAUGCAAUGGAGAAAGGAAUACUUACCCUAAAUUCUGCAGGCAAUGAUGGUGCAGCAGGAGUACUUAGGGUGUCAAGUGUAGCAACAUGGAUGCUUGCUGUAGCAGCAAGUACCACAGAUCGCAAAUUUAUUGACAAGGUUGUUCUCGGGAAUGGCGAGACUCUAACUGGGUUUUCAGUUAAUUCCUUCACUUCCAAGGGAAAAAAGCUGCCUAUAGUAUAUGGAAAUGAUGUUUCAAGAAACUGUUCUGAACUUUCUGCUGGGUUGGUUCAACGUGACAAACAUUUUGAUUCAUUUGUUCCAUAUAAAAGAAUCAGUGAAAUAACCAAAAAGUUCCAUUGCUGUUUCCCUUACAGGUUGUGUCUUGAAUCAUGUGUAGACAGUCAUCUAGUGAAAGGAAAGAUUACAAUGUGUGAUCAAUUUGUAGGCAAUUUUGUAGCUGAUGAUGCCGGUGCUGGAGGGUCAAUUGUGCUAAAUGACCAAUUUGAUAAUGUUUCUUUUGUUACGCCACUACCUGCAGUUGCUUUAAAUGUUAGAAACUAUAUUUUGGUCAAGUCCUACGUGAAUUCCACAAAGAAUCCUGUAGCAGAAAUAUUGAGUGGUGAAACCAUUAAAGAUUUGUAUUCCCCGGUGGUUGCUCAAUUCUCUUCGCUUGGGCCAAAUUUUAUUGCGCCAGAUAUUCUCAAGCCAGAUAUAACUGCCCCAGGAGUCGACAUCUUAGCAGCAUAUUCACCAAUUGCUCCACCCAGUGAGACAUCUGGAGACAAAAGGCAACUCAAAUAUAGUGUCUUGUCUGGAACGUCAAUGUCUUGCCCUCAUGUCGCUGGUGUAGCCGCAUAUGUCAAAACAUUUCACUCUGAUUGGUCUCCUUCAGCCAUCAAAUCUGCUCUCAUGACUACUGCUUGGCCAAUGGAUAGAUCCAAAAACCCAAGUGGUGAAAUUUCUUAUGGAUCUGGGCAUGUCAACCCGGUAAAAGCUAUUCAUCCUGGACUUGUAUAUGAAGCUUUCAAGAAAGAUUACAUAAAACUGAUGUGCAGCAUGGGAUACAGCCCAGAUAAUAUUAAACAAGUUUCAGGAGACAACAGCUCUUGCCCCAAAAGUUCUGAAAAUGUACCACCUAGGGAUCUGAAUUAUCCUUCACUGACAGCUUCAGUUCCAGCAAACAAGUCCUUCACAGUUAGUUUUCAUAGAACAGUAAAAAAUGUUGGGCUAGCAAACUCCACUUACAAGGCACGAGUCUCUCCAAACCCAAAAUUUAAAGUUGAAGUGGUUCCGGCGGUGCUCUCCUUUAAGGCAUUGAAGGAGAAGAAAUCUUUUAAUGUGACUGUUAGUGGUGGAGGUUUAAAAGAGGAGUCUAUAUUGUCUACAACAUUGAUCUGGUCGGAUGGCACCCAUAUUGUAAGAAGUCCAGUUGUUGUACAUACGUAUCCUAGCAUUAGGUUAAAUGUUUAAAACUUCAAUUAGAUUUCUUGUCAGAUUGUCAUCUUGUCGGUCUCCAAUGCGUUGAAAUAAUGAUUCUUUUAUGAAUUUACAUUCUACUUCUAAUCUGAUCAUAUUCUAAUAUUUAU